UACACACUCACGAGGAUCCAUUAUUCAAUACCUGCAUCCACCAAACAUUCGAUCGAAAAAGAAAAUGGAUUAAAAAUGGAACUACUGCAUUUGACAAAUUGAAACCUAUACUGCUUGACACUAGACUUCUAAAUGAUAUAAGAAGUAUUUCAAGUGAUGCUCAAACAAGUUGUUUGGAAGCCUUUCAUGCCACACUCAAUCAUUGGCACCCUAAAAUGAUUCAUUACCAUUGGCUUGGAACCAAAUGCAGACACAUACUCGCAAUUUGUCAUUUUAAUGAGAAUCUGUCAAGAGAGACCAUGAAAACUGAUGAUGGGCAGGACAUACUGGGAGUUUCGUUUCCCAAAUACAAGCUUGGAGAAGAAGUUGUUAAACCAGUCCCUGUUCCACCUACAUAUGACUACGUCAGAACCCUUCGCCAGAUCUUGGUUUCAAUUUCAAAAGAAGAAAUGACCACUAUCUUGGCACAACAUACCUCAAUUGCACCCAAGCCACUGAACUCUCAAUUCGAGAGUCGUAUUUCGAAGGAAGAAGCAAAGGAGAAGUUCAGGAAAAGAUCCUUUGUGAUUACAACAUUGAAUCCACCAGCUCAACAGCAAAAGACCAUGAUGGAGCAGGAGGCAAAAAAGGCCAGAGGAACAGAGAAGAAGAAAACCAGAAAAACUGGUCACUGUAGAACAUGUGGAGAAACUAUGCUUGGGCACUCUAAGCAAAAGUGUGUCAGCAAAUAA